UUAUCUUUUUAUUUUGUAAAAAAAUGGUGCGACGAGGACGACCAAGUGAUACAUUACUUUGAUUUGAAGUAAAUUUUCUUUCAAAAAAGAAACCAUCGAUAUCAAAUUAAUCAAAACAUCACAAUUGAUUAUUGUUUUAAACAAUUCGGACUGCUAACCAACAUCGGUUGCUUUUCACAAAAUAAAACAUCAGGUCUGUGAAGUAUGUCGGCGUUUACAGAGUCUGCAUUGUUGAAAAAACUCCAAGAACUAAACUCCAGUCAACAGAGCAUUCAAACAUUAUCCUUAUGGUUGAUCCAUCACCGGAAACACCAUCAAGCAAUCAUCAAAACCUGGUACAAGGAGCUGCAGAAUGUUCCAGAAUCGAAAAAACUGACUUUCAUGUAUUUGGCCAAUGAUGUUAUUCAGAAUAGCAAAAAGAAAGGUCCCGAAUAUGGUCGAGAAUUUGGGAUAGUGUUGCAAAAAGUGUUCGCCUAUAUCGGUGAUAAUUGUAGGAAUGAAAAACUGCUCGGAAGUUUGGGCAGAAUCCUGAACAUCUGGGAAGAACGUGGCGUCUAUGAUUUUAAAUUAAUCGCUGAUUUUAGAGCCAAGUUAAAUAGAACUGCCGAACAGAUUGAGCCACCACCCAAAGAGAAGGAAAAAGACCACAAAGAAAAGAAACUCAAAAGGACCAGGUCAACUUCGAGUUCGGAUAAAAAAGAAAAAGUAUCCAAACCCGAGGAUGGCAACGGAGUGACAGAGAUCGAUUUAAGCCCGCAUUUACCACUUGGCGAGCCUCCAGAGCCCGAGGAACUGAUUAAGGCUUUGAUGGAAAUCGAGAAUUCAGCGUCAAGUGAUGCAAUUGUGCGGGAGAGGAUUGCCAAUUUACCCCCAGAAAUAUCAGAAAUCACGUGUCUGGCCAAGCUAGAAGACAAAGAUGCAGCGAAGGCAUUGGCUACACAGGUCAACGAAGCUGUUCAAUUGCUUAACGAAUACAACACAAGACUUGCCUCCGAAAUGGAAGAACGAACAAAAUUGGCAACGAUGUUGAGAGAUUUUCAAGCCGAGCAAAAAGAGCUAUUGGCGCAAGCUGAAGAAAGACAUGAGGAGUACACUCAAAAACUGGUAAAAUUGAAAGCUGUCCAAAAAGAACUGCAAGAUCAUCUCUCUAAUCUACCUGACUUGACUCAGCUUCCCGAUGUAACUGGCGGCCUAGCUCCACUUCCAUCAGCUGGAGAUCUCUUUAACAUUCACUGAACAAUAUGUAUUUUCUCCAAACCAGAAAAAAACCUUACGUAAUUUUAAAACAAAACAAACAUAAAAACAAAUACAUAAUUACAAUACAAAUAAACACAUAGGUUAUACUACAAACAAUUCGUCAAGUUUUUGUUCUCACCGUUAGGUUAACUUUUUCCUUAUUUUUUUUUUAAGUUUGACACAUUUUGUUAAGAUUCACAUGAUAACAACUUUUUUGCUUCCACAAUUUACCAAAAAUUUGUACUAAUAUUUUUUCGCUAGCAAAAAUUAAAUAUAUAUGUAUAUGUACGUUUUAAUAUUGUUGCAAAUCGAAAACACGAAACAAAAACAUAACAUUUUAUCGAAAAUGUUUUGAAAUUCGAUCAAAAUUAAAAUCGUGUGUCGAUAACACGAGUGGAUAGAGGAAAUUGUCAAUAAAUAUGAAAACUAUUAUAUAAAUGUGAA